AUGGAAAUUCUGAUUGGAUUAUACACCCUGGGGAGCAUAAUGUCCAUCAUCCUGCUUAUUCUUCUGAUCAGCAUGUUGCAUUCUUCAAUUAAAAGCUACAUACAUAAAUGGAGGGAGAUGAUGCCAAUUCCAGGAAUGGAAGGCGCCUUCCCAUUCAUUGGUAAUGCUUUGCAGUUCAAAGCCAAUGCAGGAGAUUUUUUCAACCAGAUUAUUGAGGGGACUAAUGAAAACAGACACAGGCCUCUUGUGAAGGUUUGGGUGGGACCCAUCCCCUUCCUUGUUUUAUUUCAUGCAGAGACAAUUGAGGCUGUCCUUAACAAUUCUAAGCACCUAGAUAAAUCCUAUCCCUACAGAUUUCUGCAUCCUUGGCUUGGCACGGGUUUACUCACCAGUACAGGAGAAAAGUGGCACAGGAGACGCAAAAUGCUGACCCCAACAUUUCACUUCUCUAUCCUCACUGACUUCCUGGAGGUGAUGAAUGAACAGAGUCAUAUUUUGAUCCAGAAGUUGCUUAAACAUGUCGGUGGAGAACAAUUUAACUGCUUCAGCUACAUUACACUCUGUGCAUUGGACAUUAUAUGUGAAACAGCAAUGGGCAAAAGAAUCUAUGCACAGAGUAAUGCUGACUCAGAAUAUAUCCAGACUGUGUAUAAGAUGAGUGACAUCAUUACUCGGAGACAGAGAGCACCGUGGUGGUGGCCUGACUGGAUUUAUAAUGUGUUCGGGGAGGGUAAAGAGCAUGCAGAGAGACUCAGGAUUUUACACUCCUUCACUGCAGGUGUGAUCAAAGAGAGAGCUGUGUAUGCGAGUGAAGAAUCUGACAGUGAGUCAGACCAAGGCCUGAGAAAGAGAAGGGCCUUCUUGGACAUGCUGUUAAAAACCACAGAUGAUACUGGUGCUGUGCUGAGCCAUGAGGACAUUCAGGAAGAAGUGGACACCUUCAUGUUUGAGGGGCAUGACACCACAGCAGCUUCCAUGAACUGGGCCUUACAUCUGAUCGGCUCUCAUCCAGAAGUCCAAAAGAAAGUACAGGCAGAGCUACAGGAGGUGUUUGGUUCAUCACAGCGCCAUGUGGGAACGGAAGACCUAAAAAGGUUGCGAUACCUGGAAUGUGUCAUCAAGGAGAGUCUGCGACUGUUCCCUGCAGUGCCUCUGUUUGCACGCAGCAUCUGCGAGGACUGCCAUAUAAAUGGUUUCAAAGUUCCAGAAGGUGUAAAUGCUGUGAUCAUCCCAUAUGCUCUCCAUCGUGAUCCUCGUUUCUUUCCGGAGCCUGAGGAGUUUAGACCAGAGCGCUUCCUUCCAGAGAACAGCAAAGGAAGACACCCAUAUGCAUACAUCCCAUUCUCUGCCGGUGCUCGGAACUGCAUUGGACAACGCUUUGCUAUGAUGGAAGAGAAGGUAGUUCUUGCAACUGUAUUACGUCACUUUAAUGUGCAAGCAUGUCAGAGUCGUGAAGAGCUGAGACCCCUCGGGGAGCUCAUCCUUCGUCCAGAGAAGGGCAUCUGGAUCCGACUAGACAAGAGGGCCAACUGA